AUGAAAAAAUCAUAUAGUCAGAGAGAUAUAAGUUCUAACUAUAUAUCAAUUGGUUUUAAUAGUCCUUGCAAAGAUAAAAAUAAAUCAAUACCUCCAAUUGAAGUUUAAAAUGGCGACUUAUUAAGCAGAAACGCAACAAACUACUAUUAAGAAAAAAGCUCAAGACUUUUAAAAGAAGCAAUCCAGAUUAAUAAAAGCGUGUAAUCGAUUACUCCCAAACAUCAACUACAUUUAAAAGAUUAUAACUCAAGUUUUGAAAAACUCAGAAUAGAACUUACUCACAGUCAUAUUUAAUCUAAGAGAGAUAGACUUGAUUAGGAAGAAGAUAAAUUGAAAAAGGAAAAGGAUCAUAAAGAAUUACUGAUAUGUAAAAGUUAAAGAAUGGUUAGAGAUGGCUUUACGAAUUUCGACAUCAUAAAUUUUUCUAAAAAAGAGUCUUUGAUGCCUUUAAAGCAAGAGAAGCUCGGUAAAAAAUUUGAUUAUAAUGGAGGAUAAUAUCACAACUAUCAAGCAAGUUAUCUGAAAAAGAUUGAAGAUAACAAAAAGACUUUCUUUAGAAAUAGUGGAUUGUGUGCCUAAAGAAUAAAUAAUUGCUAAAACCACUAUUUCAUUUGUAAUCCGUUGAAGAAAGUUUGA